AAACUCCUAAGUGGUUUAUUUUCAAGGGUUCGUCUAUCUCGGUUUGUGAAGUAAUAGCAGUCUCUCAGAAACAACUCACGCACUCUUCUUUUUUUCUCUGGGACUCCAGAUGGCUGCCUUUUCUUGGGUCCCUUGAUAUGGUCUCUUCAAAACAAAUGGCAUCAUCUUGUUCAAUCACUCCCAACAAACAAAACCCAUUACAGUGUUCCAUAUUUUCUUUAAGGUGCCCCAUUCCCUCAUAUUAUCCAACUAUGGGAAGUUGCACACCUUUUUCAAGGUGGCUGAUAUCAAGCACAUUGGGCAGCUAGCACAGUAUUUCUUUACGAGAGUUCACAAUGAGUGGAAGCGUCAGGAAACGCAAAUCUAAAUGGGACUUGAAAGAAGAGAGUCAGUUUGCUAAAAUCAGUUCAAACAAUGUAAAGGCAGGUGAUUCCAAUCUAGAUGAUUGGUCUGAUUUGGAAGCCAACGAUGGGUUAAAAUCUAAUGAUAACUUUGAAUUGGACUCUUGGGAACCCUUGUCUGGUAAUGGUGGUGCCCAGAAGGAUGUUCGUGACAAUAGAGAAUUCAAUGAGGUUUCAGAAACCAUGCGGGGGUGGGUUGCAGAUAACAGCUACAGCAUGAGGACAUCUCCUAGUUUUGAUGGACGGGUACAAAAAAGAUAUGGCCGCUCCCCAAGAAACAAUUGGAGACAGUCAAACAGGGGUCGAAGCAGAAGCAGAAGCAGGAGCCGGGGCCGGAGCAAGACCUUGGGUAGAAGUGUGAGUAGCAGCCGAAGUUGGAGCAGGAGCCGGAGCCGGAGCCGGAGCCGGAGUCUGAGUCGGAGCCCACAUGUUGACUUUAAACGGGAUUCGUAUGGAUUUAGUGAAAGAAGUAGAAAUGGAUCUGGAGUGUCAUCUCAACGAUGUCGAGAUUUUGUUGCAGGGAGGUGCAGUAGAGGCAGUCAAUGCAGGUUUCUUCAUCAGGAUAACCUCAAUUACAGGGAUGGUGGCCGCUCAGAAAUUGACCAAGCAGAAAGCUGGGAAAGCAGACAGGAACACAGGAGAGCUUCAAGGUAUGCUGAUGCUGAAGGGCCUAUAGAUUACCCACGGGAUAAGGUUGCUCGUGGUGGGUAUGGGAAUCAGUAUGAUGGGGAAAAGGAUGUUCCUGUGAGGAACAACAGCAGAUCUAAUGUUCGUUGUAAUGACUUUCUGAAAGGUAAGUGUCAUAGGGGAUCUUCAUGCAAAUUUUCCCAUCAUGGUGCUUCUGGUGAUAGAUAUGAUAGACAUGAUAGGGAUCAUGAGCGUAAGCGUGAACCACACAGAGUUGGUGGCAUCCUGUGCAAGUAUUUUGCAAUGGGAAAAUGCUUUAAUGGUGAUCGUUGCAGGUUUUCUCAUGAUGAUCCACCUUGUGACAGUCCUGAAGGCAGGCCACGGGAUGGUAAAUGGGGUCAUAAUUUGGAUGAUGAGAACAAACCAUGGGAGGAUACAAAAUGGAAUGGUGCAGCUGCCUUAGACAUUGCAAAGUCCUCUGAGUGGGGUAGCAAUGAUAAUGGAAACAAGAAUUUUACAGAUUCAAUGGUUGCAGACAAAUCUAUUGGUAAUAGCUGGGGUCAGAGUUUGGAUAAUGAAAAUAAACCAUGGGCCACUUCAGCAUCUAAAGACAAAGCUUCUGAGGGAGAUUCAUGGGGAUCCUCUCAUUGGAGAGCUAGAAGUAAUAUUGCAAACACGGGCAUUCCAGAAUUAAUGAGUAGUGCUAAAUUGUCUGUUAAAGAAGAGCCUCUUCUUACUCCCCUUGGUUCACAAGCACAAACCCUGAAUGGAAUCUCCAGGCCUGCUCAUGAACAGAAUAUAAUGCAAGAUACUUCAAGCCUGCAGCUUGCAACUUCUUUUAUGCGUCCAACAGUAUCUGGAGAUUCUUAUGUUCAGCAGCAUCUUGGUAAGAGUGGGGAUAAUACUGCAAUGGUAGACGGUUCCUCACAUGACAGGGUAAAUUUCUCUGUACAUACACUUCAUGUGCCUCGACAAAGCUUCAAUAAAGAUGGUGAUAAUUUAGGUUCUCAACCUCCUUUGAGUUUUAACGAAACUAGUCAAAGCCAACAUAUGUGCAAUUUAAAUCCCUUAAAUGGACAUACAAUCGACUUGAAUGGACCAGUGGAACGGAUAAACUCUCCUUUGAAUCUGCAAAGCCAGACUCAGUUUUGUCAGGGGGAAUCUGUUGAGACACCAGAAAUGAUGGAAUGCAAAGUGCCUCAAGUAAUCUCUGGAACCCCUAGGAAUUUUAUUACCAAUAAUCCAGUUGGUCAAAUGUCUAGUCUUUCAGAAUCUUUGGCUCAGGUAUUUGGAAAUGGGCAGCAACUUCUUCAGCCAUAUGCUGUGCUGAACACCCCCAAUUCUAUGGAUUUGGUGUCUUCCCAUUCUAAUACUGCAGGUCUUGUUCCAUCCAUUACAUCAAUGACUGUUCAGCCUAAUGCAGCUACAUGUUUCCAGGAGCAGUAUCAAGCUGAAAGCUUAGAGCCCAGUAAGCCUGGAAGCAGUAGCCAACCCCAUGGGUAUUCGUUAAAUCCCAGUGAGCAGAAAACUCUUGUGCCGUCAAAAGGUUUCUCUCUAUCAAUGAUGUCUGCUAGUGCUGGGACCAAUUCUGCCGAAAUGAUCAAGAUUGGCAAUUCCGAGGAUGAACAUUGCAAGAGUCCAAAGAUGAAGCAACAGGAGCCAGUUGCUAAUUCAGAAGUGAAGGGAAAUAUCAAAGAAGUGGCUGAAGAAUGCAGGCAAGAGCUAGAAAAGGGUCAUCCAGAGAAUCUAGAUGCAGAUGGUGGGGUUGAUGAGGGCAAUAGAAUCAAGGAUGAGAAGGGGAUGCGGAUCUUCAAAAAUGCACUGGUGGAGUUUGUGAAGGAGAUUCUAAAGCCCACCUGGAAGGAAGGGCAGAUGAGCAGGGAGGUUCACAAAACCAUAGUGAAGAAAGUGGUGGAUAAAGUGACUGGUACUAUUCAAGGAGAGCAUGUCCCAAAGACACAAGAAAAAAUUGACCAGUAUCUAUCAUAUUCUAAACCCAAGCUUACCAAACUUGUACAGGCAUAUGUGGAGAAAUUUCUGAAGAGUUAGGUUGUUGCUUGAAACAGUCAGUGUUCAAGUUUAUCUUUAUACCAGACAUGGGAAAGUUAUUGUACAUUUACCCUUUCUAGGAUUUGUGGAUCAUAGGGAUGUUAUUGUUCCUCAAAUUUUCCUCCUGCCUUUUGUACUUUCUGAUCUGCUGUGGGUUAAGGUGUUGCCUUUUCCUGCCUAUUUGUGGAUAUAAUUUAUGAGAUGAGAAUCUUUGUGACUUUAA